CAAAACGCAAAAAGGCCCGCACCACAUUUCAGCCCACGAAACAAAAAAACCCUAACAUAAAACGCCUCACUCUUCUUCCUUCUAAUCACUCCAUACAAAAACAAAGGAGAGAGAGGGAGAAACCCAGCAGCAACAAUGUCGAAGCGAGGACGCGGAGGAUCGGCGGGGAACAAGUUCAGAAUGUCACUGGGUUUACCAGUGGCAGCGGUGGUGAACUGCGCCGAUAACACCGGAGCAAAGAACCUUUACAUCAUUUCAGUGAAGGGUAUCAAGGGUAGGCUUAAUCGUUUGCCUUCAGCUUGUGUUGGUGAUAUGGUUAUGGCUACUGUUAAGAAGGGUAAGCCUGAUCUUCGUAAGAAGGUUAUGCCUGCUGUUAUUGUUAGGCAGCGUAAGCCUUGGCGCCGAAAGGAUGGUGUUUUCAUGUACUUUGAAGAUAAUGCUGGUGUCAUUGUGAAUCCAAAGGGAGAAAUGAAAGGAUCUGCUAUCACAGGACCCAUCGGAAAGGAAUGUGCUGAUCUAUGGCCAAGAAUUGCAAGUGCUGCUAAUGCUAUUGUUUAAGUGUGCUUCUGCUCUUUGUAGCCCUAUUUACAUUUCUAGUGAUUCUGGUGUUUAGAUUGAAUAGUUUGAAUUUUGUUAGGGUCAUACUUAAUAUCUUGGUUGAACUUUGAAAGUAUUUUUAGUAGUCCGUGCUAAAGAAGGAACUCUGUGUUUAAACUGUUAUGGCUUCAAUGCUGACUUUUUUCAUUGAUCAUCAGAAUUUUGUUUGGAGGUCUUUCA